AACGCCAUAGUCACGGUAGCCGUGGAGACUGUUACCCACCAACAGCUCGGGCCCGCAGCAAGAGAAACUAGCAUGCAGAGUUCAGAGGGUGCAUCCGAACCGGCAUCUACUGUCACCCUGCGGACGUCCGCUGCCGGUCCACCAUCUGUGCAAGCUGCUGCUGUGGUACAGCAAGUGGCAGCACCACAACAGCGGCUGGUGGUCCAGGCAACAGGUUCUGCUCAGAAAGGAGGCCAGGUACAGCAACUUCAGGUUCAGAGAGUGCAGCAGGUUCAACAGGUGCAGUCAGUUCAACAUGUUUAUCCAUCACAAGUUCAAUAUGUGGAGGGUGGGGAUGCAGUCUACGCCAAUGGGACUAUACGUGCAGCAUACUCCUACCCAGAAACCCAGCUCUAUGCACAGAAUCCUGGAGCCUCGUACUUUGAGUCGCCGGGGAAUGCAGUCCAAGUGACCACAGUGGUAUCUUCACCCACUGUGGUGCCAACACACAGCAUGGUGGGAACUGUUGGUAUUGCAAUGGAGGUAGGAGGAGGUCAGAUCAUCUCGAGUAGCGGUGGAACAUAUCUCAUCCAUGGAGGGACAAUGGACAACUCUAGACAUCCACUUUCUCAUGCCACACGCCCUUCACCUGGAACUAUUGAAAUGGCAAUCGAGAACCUACAGAAAUCUGAAGGGAUUACGGCCCAUAAAAGUACUCUGUUGAACAGCCAUCUUCAGUGGCUCCUGGAUAACUAUGAGACUGCUGAGGGAGUUAGCCUUCCCCGGAGCUCCCUGUAUAACCAUUACUUGCGGCAUUGUCAAGAACAGAAGCUUGACCCUGUCAAUGCGGCUUCUUUUGGCAAACUGAUUCGUUCUGUGUUCAUGGGGCUGAGGACCAGAAGAUUGGGAACAAGGGGAAACUCUAAGUAUCACUAUUAUGGGAUUCGUCUGAAGCCAGAUUCACCUCUGAACCGUUUGCAGGAGGACAUGCAAUACAUGGCAAUGCGGCAACAACCUGUACAUCAGAAACAAAGGUUUAAACCUAUGCAGAAGUUGGAUGGUGUAGGAGACAAUAUGCCUGGAAAUGGACAACAUGCAGCUCCAACAACACCAGAGCAAUCUGUCGCUGCACAGAGUCAACACCACCAGCAGUUUCUGGAUAUGUCUCGUGCAUUGCCAGAGUUUAUUGAAGCAGACAUUGGUAGCUGUCCUUUGCCGGAAGAUAUCACACUGAAUGAAGUGAAGACUUUACAGAUUUUGUACAGAGAGCACUGUGAGGCAAUGUUGGAUGUUGUAAUAAAUCUUCAGUUUCACUACAUUGAAAAACUUUGGCAAACGUUUUGGCAUUCAACUCCUUUGCCAAGUGAUGGGGCCUCUGUCACUUCAGUGAGUGAGGAAGAGAGUGAAGCUGUUUUCCCCAAAGACAAACUCAUCAACCUCUGUAAGUUUGAACCUAUCAUUAAAUGGAUGAGGAACUGUGAUCAUGUGCUGUACCAGGCACUGGUGGAAAUUCUUAUCCCGGAUGUAUUGCGACCUGUCCCCAGUGCCUUGACUCAAGCUAUUCGGAAUUUUGCCAAGAGUUUGGAGGCAUGGCUGAUCAGUGCGAUGAAUGGCUUCCCUCAGCAGAUGGUUCGAACCAAGGUGGGAGUAGUUAGUGCCUUUGCCCAAACGUUGCGCAGGUACACCUCCCUGAAUCACCUGGCACAGGCAGCCAGAGCUGUGCUGCAGAAUACAUCACAAAUCAAUCAGAUGCUCAGUGACCUCAACCGUGUUGAUUUUGCCAACGUGCAGGAACAAGCAUCCUGGGUUUGUCAAUGUGAAGAGGGAAUGGUGCAGCGACUGGAGCAGGAUUUUAAGAUGACUCUACAGCAGCAGAGCUCUCUCGAUGAAUGGGCAUCCUGGCUUGAUAAUGUAGUGAAUCAAGUUCUGAAACCACACGAAGGAAGCCCCAGCUUCCCCAAGGCUGCCCGCCAGUUCCUGCUGAAAUGGUCCUUUUACAGCUCCAUGGUUAUUCGAGAUCUGACCUUGCGCAGUGCUGCCAGCUUUGGUUCCUUUCACCUGAUCCGGCUGCUUUAUGAUGAAUAUAUGUUUUAUCUGGUAGAACAUCGCGUAGCCCUAGCAACGGGUGAGACCCCCAUUGCAGUGAUGGGAGAGUUUGGUGACCUCAGUUCGAUAUCUCCUCUUCAAAUGGAGAAAGAUGACGGCAGUGGAAUGGAGAGUGAGGUGGAUACCGAUUCAAGAGGAGUGACUGAGCCUCCUGUCAAACGUGAGCGUGUGGAUCUCAACCAUUCCCUUCAGGAGCUGGAUGCUUCUGCUCAUCAGGAAUUGAUGAAUUCAAUAUAAUCUCAUUGGACUGAAACCUCCAGUAAAGCAUACAGAUUUGUCCAGGACUCCAGGUCAGGAAUAGUAACCCAUUUCCCAGGCUUUGGCCGAGGCCUGCUUAAGACCACAGAAACUAAAUGUACAAAGUACCCAGAUUAGUCCUGUGUAUGACUCACCCAGUCCUCAUUGACUGGUUGUGGUGGUUGUUGACCUGGCUGACAAGCUACCGGGCAGUGAUGAUCCACCAGGAACAGCAUCGGCCAAACGAGUCCUUGUCCACUGGAAUUAAAUAGCUGUAGCUGCUUAGUGUGCAGAGACUAAGGGAAAUAUCUUGCUAUGACCAUUUUAACACGAGAUGAAAAUGGUUUAGGUUUUUAAAGUCCAGAUUCUGCUUUAAUUCAUUAUUGCAGAACCACUGGUUGGAAACACUGACCUUCACGGGCCAAGGCAGCUGAGAGUUUGACUGACAACUAAUUUGAGUAUGGCAGGAAACUCCAUGUUCUAUUUCUGUAAAUACAAGAAAAUGUUUACUUUUGUAAUUGUUAAUGUAUUUUCCCUGCCCCUUGUCUGCUCCACUGCAAUUCGGAGACUGACAAUGUCGCUCCAAUCUAUCUUCACAUCCGCUCCUGAAGAUUUAAUUCCUUUUGUUAAAAAUGUUCACUAUGUUUGUGCAAAGGAGUGCACCUAGGCCUCUGAGAAUCAAGCUUCUGCACUGCACACCGACUGGAAAACUCCUCGACUGCCCAUGAGUCACUGGAUUAAAGGUAGGAUGUUAUUGGGCAGAGUGUGAAAUCUUGUCUUUCCACCAGUUCUCAUCCUUCAGCUGGGAGAAUGACUAAAUGGAAUCAUGGAAUAAUCUAGUGACAGCUACCUCUGGUUAGCAAGGAGCAUUGAGUAGGAGUUGAAUUCACCUAUUAGCUUUGCCCAAGCUCCUCCAAGAUUAGACAGAUUGGUUCGGUGUGACUUACAGAACAAGCCAGCUUGGGCAAGCAUUUCUCAACAUGCUGUUACUUACUGCAGGAAAAUUGCCUUAUUUUAACCAUUACCUAGUUAACAAUGAGCCUAGCUAGUCAAUAUAUUAGCUAGUGAUGAGUUAAUUGCAUGCCUUUAGUGGGUAUGGUUCUAUUUUGUGUAUCAGGGAUACCAGUACAUGCAUUAUACUGUGCCUUAGGGAAAAUACUGGGAUAUUCAAUGAAAUGUGCCUGCACUGGUCUGAGACCCAGCGACUGUGAACUAACUUUUAAAACCUGACAUUUAUACUUAUUUUUGUUACUGACGAUUCAGCAACAUCAAAUGUAUUGCUUACAAUUGCAAUCACAAAAUAUAACAAAGGAACCUAAGAAAAGUACGUCGCCUACUUCUCCCUCCAGUUUUGGUCACGUAUUGCAAUUUUUAAAAAUAUUUGAUACAAUCCUUUAUUAUUGGAAAGAGGCCAGAGCAUAGUAUCUGGAGUCUGCAGCCUUACUUGCUCCUAAGCAGGGCAUUUUUGUUUGAAUUUUGAUGAUGAACAAGUCUGACUGUGAUUGAGACCGGAUACAGUACAGUCAUGAAAGUGGGACUCAGGAAGGAGAGAAAUGGUUGUGUGGGUUUGUUCUUGCCAGGUCCUCUUCUCCUCCAUUGUCACUGUUUUUGACUGUGAUUGGCUUAGUUCACCAAAAGCUCACCAUCUUACUGGCAGUAGAUCCAUUUUACACACACCACUGCCAUACAAUGGGAAAGCAAGCAAGUUUUGCGAUCAAGUGGGUUUUCUUUCUUUUCUCUAUCUCCACUUCCCAAACAAACUACUUUUUGUUUGAAAGUAAAUUCAGAGUUUUGCAUCUCUCCAGUGGGAGCUGUACCUAUGGAUAGUCCACGUUGGAGAGAUAUGUCCCAAACACACACACAGACACAACACUGGCUGUUCAGGGUGCCGAGUUUACCUAUUGUCACAAGUGCACUUUCAUUUUACUAUAGUUGUUAAACAUUUUCAGUCUAUUCCCUGUUGAGACUCUCACCCAAGGGUUUUUGUGAAGUUAUCAAACAGAAAUAAAGGCUUUCAUGUGUAUUUCUCUGCUUUGUAAGGAAUUGCCAGGCAGUUAAUAGGAGAGAUGUUGGUGUGUCACGAGUUAAUGUCUUAAUGUUGUAAUCAUGACAUUGCAUGGAAAAACUGACAAGUUUUAAUGCUUUGAAAUGACCAAGUUUCUGUAAAGGUCCAAUUUUGUCAUUUGAUCUUAAAGCAUGUGUCUGUCUGCAGAGUGCCAUAACUUGGUGCCUGUUCAGUCAAUGGUUCAGCCGCUGUCUCUCACUGACCAGCAGUGUUGUCACUUGCACCUGGGAAUUUGAACCAGAAUCAUGAAGCUCUGUCUCACCAUAGAAAACUUCUCAAAACUCGAAUCUACUGUUUACACUCUACUCUAAACUUAGUCAUAAAGUUUUUAACAAAUGUGCUGGAAAGUUAUUAGAGAUUGUACACUGAUAGUGAUGCCAAUUUGUGCAGCCAAUCUAUGUGAUUGGCUAAUUUUGUGAAUUGCAUUUAAAACAAUCUUUUACCUUUUUCUGAAUCCAUACAAUUCGACACAACAAUACAUCUAGACCUCAAAGAUUUUGUAUCUACUUUGAACGUGAUGGUGGAGGUGAACUAAAUUAAUAUAUUUGAAGUGAAUAGUUAUCAGAGUGGCCUAGUCCAUUUAGGGGUUUACAAAUGUGCUUUGGAGCAGUUAAAUUGGAAUCUACCAGCUUAAGAUUUCACAUGGAUGCCAAGCCCAGUUUUGUUUUAAACCAAAAUUUCUCUUUAAAUGUUCAAUGUUUCUAAUCAGUUCUCUUGCUGAAGACAGAAAAGAUACAUUCAAUGUCAUUUUCCAGGGAAUAAUUUUGUUGUCAGCUCUUUGCUUCUUUUUUAAAAAAACUUAAGAAAAAUCCUGAUGUACAUUUUUUUUACAUGUAUUCUCUUCUUUUGUAAUACCCAAGUGCUCCCAAAAUAGGCAUUCUUUCUUUAACCUACCACUACUGAUGGUAACUGUGUUGUAAACUUUUAUUUUAUGAAAAUGCACAAUUUUGCAACAGAGCAAAAAAUGCCCACAUCAGUUGGCACAGGGUUGCUUUGCAAAGACAAAGAAUGCAGGCUUAUAAUUAAUGUUGGAAUAAUGAAAAAUGCUGACUAUGUUUUAAAACUUAAACCUCAAUGUAUGUGGCAUGUUCCUUGGUGCAAUGCUUUGGGCUCUGCUGCCUGUUGUAGUUGUCCACUUUACGUUUAGCUUAGAUCAACGCUGGCUAAAUCAUAACUCUAUUUAUCCACUUUGGUUCUAUAUUCUUUCAUACCUUGCCUAACAAAUACCUUCCAAUCUGUCAAUACUUUGAGUUUCAUGCUGUAAAUAACACCCAGAAUACAGUGGUCCAUAAGCUUGUCACUUCUGCCUGAACACAGUUGGGCUUGCCGUUAGCUGUGCUGCCCUUGUUCCUGUACUUGUGCAGUGAUUCACUGAAUGUCAAUGCCACCUUGUGGACAUUGCCACUGCUCAGUGAUGUCCUAGUUGUACACAUUGUGUUAACCAAAACAUUUUCCUGCUCCUGCUGGAUCACACAUCUCUGACUUGCUGCGACCACUCUGUGCAGCUUUGCCAGCUCUGAAUAUUGCAGCUAAUGUUGCUGCAUGUUUCAGUAACAUUCAAUAAUGGGACCAUUGUGCACAUGAUUCUGAUUUAAAGAUUAUACUGUGGCAUGAUUCCUGAUGGGUAACUAGAGGAAUGUAACCGAGUUGUGAGAUCCCAGCCCUAGGGUGCUUGUGAGAUCCAGCUGUUUGAUCAAGUUUCAUUCACUAUGGUUGAUGAUUUCCUCUGGGACUGAGAGACUGAACAUGCGUGUGCUUUCCUGCAUGUGGUCUGCAUCCCAUUUCUGGUGAAUUUAAGGCUGAGAACCAGAAUGUGCUGGGAAUAUAGACUGUGUCUACAACAUAUUGCAUAGUCUCACACUGUUCUCCCUCUAUGUACAAAUUUGAUGGAGUGUCAGUGAUGUUAUAACACCCAGUGUUAAGCCCAUUUGUACCUGGCAAGCAUACUGAGGUGACUGGUUCUCCGCUCAUUUCCUGUACUUCAGUGUCCACAUCUGGAAUUGGUGCAAACCUUGAAAAAGUGAAUGGUCUUUUGUAGUAAUAUGUUAAAUGGUGCACUAUUUGGUUGGGUGGGCAGUGACAUUAACCAGGCAGCCAUAUUCACUUCAUUCCACAUGUUUUCACUCCGGUGGUGGAUGUCAUUCUGUUUACAGACCUUUUUGUUUAGCCAUUAGUGACUGAAAUGUAACUGAAUAGAGGUACAUUUCAAAGAUUUAGGUAAGGGAUGUAGCAGUUCAGGGAAGCCACAGUUUGCUGCAACAAAGAUCAUUUCACUAUGGAUAAGUGCAGAGCUGCCCAGAGAAGAGCCUUCUCACCAGGUAAGAAUAUGCUGCAUAAAAAUAUGAUUUAUUUGAAAUAAUUGAAUAAUUUAAAUGUUGAAAGAGGAUUUACCCCCAGUAGCAGCUCAUCCUUUUGUUAGAAAUUGAAAUCCUUUACAGCGUUCCUGCCUCUUUUGCAUUAAUGCAUUGUCAAAGCAAGUAACCCCUGAAUAUUGUCAACUGGUAAAUGAGAUAACUGAAUUAAUUUCAACUUCUGUGCUCUGAAGUGUCUCAUUGGGAAUGUUUUAAGAUGUAUAGAUUCUCUGCUGUUUGCAUAUUCUUUGCAUUUUUAAUUUUCAAACCUAGGAAUGAUACCAGUUGUCUGUUUUUAUUCUUUUCAUAAGCUGUGUAGUUUAUCAUACCAAGUGACCUUGGUCAGUCUAACUUACAAGAUGAAAUUGGUUAGGGUUAUCUGUAAUAUGUGUAUAAAUUGAUGUAAAAAUUGAAAUUCUAA